AUGUCAAUCCGCAGCAUCUACAACAGCGUCCCCAGCAUCAGCACCCCGAACAUCAGCGUAUCAAGCCUAACGAACCUUUUCGAAGAUACCAGAGUCACGGAAUGGAAUACCCACGGACGAACUCAAAUCCGCCAAGGUAUACGAGAAGAAAUAAGCAAGAUAUUCGAUAAGAUCUACUUCUCGAUAUCGCCGUUUAUAGACCCCACCACCGCCUCUGAGCUCGGAAUCCAAUGCGAGAAGCUGAACCUGGUUACACAUGGAGGCGAGCGCCGGCGCGAGCCCUUUUUCAAGUCCCGGCCAUCAACCUGGCUCGUUCUUCAUCCGGUUGACCCGGAGCACCGGAAAACAACUAAGCUGAUUGCGUCUAUGGACCGAGAAUGGCAGACCCGUAUAAACAAUGUCGGGGGUAACUACGCCGAGGCAGAGAUGGUUUCCGCGGCACUGGGCUAUGCGUUUAGACAUUACGAGCGGGUUACACCGUUUGAGGAUACAAGAGCAGAAGAUGGGUCGCGAGACUGUUCGGAUUCGUAUACCCUGGAGGAGAUAUCGGGGUGGGUGAACCUUGGAAAAAGCACCCACAUCGAAAAAGACAAAUACAUGCAACCAAGCCCUUUGCCGAAGCCAGAAUCCCCAGACGAACCCCCUCCCGAUCCAAAGGACAAUAUCAAUCCCACCGCGUUCCAGUGGACCAGGCUCGCCAAUGCAUGGAUGCGCGACGAUUCAAAGCCUCAUCGCAUCUUCCUGCUCGAACACGCCAGCCACCCCGAGGAGCAGCUCCUGCGCGCUGAGGUCUUGACUAUACUUGGUAUGAUCCGGGAGAGACUUGCUGGACAUACAUUGCGGGAACAUAAGAUUGCGCCGGUAAUGGUGAUCUCCUGCAUGAAUGGAUUCGCAGCCCGGAUUAUCGAGGGACACUAUAGCGAGGGGAAGCUGGUACUCUAUAAAAGCGAGCUUUUUGAUUUUGCUACGGAGGGAUAUCGAGAGGCGAAUGUCGAGCUUUUCUUGCUGUAUCUUGGGAGCCAGCCUGUUGGAGACACGGUUUCUUGA